AUGAAGUCUUUGAGAUUGAAAUUUUUUACUUAAGUGAACUCUUUUGGCAAAAAAUUAAUUAGCACAUCGGAUUAUUUUGCUUUAUAACCACAACUAAGGAUAUAAAAACAAAAAAAGUUUUCUACAUCUCUAGGAGCAUUUAUUACUUGUUGUAUAAUCACAAUCUGCAUUAUUCAGCUUAUUUCAUAAAUUUAGGAUAUAUUUGCUAGAAAUCAUCCUAAUGUAAUCACUUCUGAGUAAAUUUAAAGUUAAAUAAAGGAAUAUCAAUUACAUCCACAUAAUUAUACUAUUGCAUUAGCCUUAUUAGAUGGUAAGCUUUAAGCAAUUUAAGGGUAAAACUAAUAUUUUAAUAUCUCGAUAAUGAACUGUAAAAGAUAAAGAUAUCUAAAUGAAACAAAUGGAUAGAGAAUAUCUACAUUAGAUUGCUAUUAUUACCCUGUCGAAGAAUGUACAGAUGAACAUUUUCAGAAUGACUUCCAGCAAAAAUAUUUUUAAAGUUUUAAUAAAUCUGGAUUAUAUUGUGCUAAGAGAAAUGAUUGGGAUAAAAGACCGAUAAAAAUUUAAGGAACUCCAUAAUCAGAUGUAUUUUAGUAUAUUGAUAUAUUUAUAUCAAAAUGCAAAAAUACUACUGAAUUUGAGAAUUGUUCGUCAGAUGCACAAAUAAAUUCAAAAUUAUCAGGUAAUUAUUUGGUCAUACACACAUCUGAUAGUCUAACUAAGAUGUAGGAGUAUGAGAACUCUUUCGAAAAUAUAAUUUGUGCUAAAUAUUAUUUUUAUUCUGUCAGCAUCACCAAAACUAUGUUGUCGUAAUUAAAAUUAAUAGAAGUCUUAUCAGAUGGAGGAUUACUUACUACACAUAAUGAAAAAGAUUUCACCUUUUAAUAAUUGACAGUUUAGGAAGCAUCAGAAGUCUACAAUAAUCAAUAUAUUUUUAAAUACGGUAUAAUUAUAGAUUAAAGAAUGACUUAGUACACUAGAACCUAUUAAAAAUUGUAAAAUGCCUUUAGUAGUAUAGGAGGUCUAUUUCAAAUGUUAAGUUUAGUUUCUUAAAUAUUUUUAAAUCCUUUCACAUCGUUUUUAACAGAAAUCGAAAUGGCAAAUGAAUAUUUUAGAUUUGAAUCAAAUAAGAAAGGAAAAAGCACUCUAAACAAGAAACAAACAAACUUUUUCAUACCAUAGAAUUUAUGUUAAGAAAUUGUUGAAGAUGAGUUGCCAAAUACUUCAGGAAGAAUGCAAAAAGAGAAAUAAAAAUAGAUCAUUUAAACGAAUCGCCUUGAAAAUAGCAUUGAUAUUUAAAAGUUCUUAAACUAUUAGCAGUUGCAUCAAAAAAUGUCCAAGCAAGUUAUUUUUCAACUUGCAGUUUGUUGUAAUAGAUAGAAGAAAAAAUAAAUUCAUUAUGCUAUUGAUAAGGUUAUGUCUAAAUUGGAUGUAUCAUUUAUUAUAUAGAAGUUACAAGAGUUGGAUAAAUUGAAAUACUUGCUUUUAUCUAAUGAUUAAAUUAACCUAUUCAAUUAUAUUCCUAAGCCAUUGAUUCCUUUUGGAGUUUUUGAAUAGGAAUUUCAAGAAAAUAUUCAAAAUUUAGAGAAAAAAAUAUCAUAUAAAUUAAUAUUGGAUGAUGAAAAAUCUGAAAUCACUAAAAUUAAUGAGGCUUUUAAAAGCUAUUAAAAUUUAAAAUUAAAAGCAUACUUGUCUAAAACAGAUAAAUAAAUAUUAGAGUUCUUGGAUGACGAAAUCAAAUUUACUUUCGAUUAGCUUUUUGUUUAGAAUUUUAAAGGCCUUGAUUCUAAGGAUAUAAGACCUGCAUUUGAUUUGGAUAGUGUAUGUGAAAGUAGAUUUCCAGUAAGGGAUUCUAUGGAUGAAAAUUGA